CUUUCUUCCUUUUCCGGUGCGCCGUGCCACGGGUGUUUGGGUAAUAUUUUUCGUCUUACAUUCUCGUCAUAUUACGUUAGUUUCAUCGCCUGCGAAAACGCAAGCUAGUUUUCAUUGGACCGGGUAAAACCAUUUGUUUUAUUAGAAGUCAUUUUUUUUGUUGUAUUUCGAGUACCUAUUUUCUAAUCUCGCUAUUCAACUUGAUUUUGCAUCUUAACUACCCAAUCUGAUGGAAAACGUCAGCUUUUAGAUAUUAUAUUGCUUCCUAUAAAUGCUUUUACACUGCAUGGUGACACCAUUAACAUUUAUAUCAUGUACUACAUCUUUCACUUAUCAUGUAAACAUAAUUGUGUGAUUAAGUUGUGAUAAAUUGGAUUAAGUCUCUGAGCUCGACCACUGUAUUGCGCAUUUACGGUUUUUAUGAACGUCGUUACAUGUUACAUGUCGACUGUGUGUUGGGAUGCUAUUUUUCAUAUUAAGAAAAUAUAAAUCUCGUUAUGUUAAUAUACGUCUAAUUACAUGGAAUAAUUAAAUUUGUCUUGUACAUUUUAAGCUGUGUUUCAAUUAAAAUACGUUUAAAAUGUUAGUAUCGAAAGUGGGAAAUGUAUCGAUAUCAUUGCAUGAUUUGUUCGAUCGCCGUAAUUGCGCACAUACAGAACAAUCGAAAAACCGUCGCCAAGGCAUUCUGGGUAAAAUUUCCGUGAGUAAUCAAAAUGGCUGUCUUACAACAGUUUCCGUUAUGCGGCUACACUUUAUCGUCAUUCCGAAAAUUUCGUAUGUUCCGUAAUUCCGUUUCGCGAGAUUCGUAAGUCGUAAAUUUAUAUAUUUUCUAACGAAAUGUGAUUUUUUCAGAUAUUUUGUAUUGUCGUGCACGAGAAAUUAAAUUUAUAGCAUUUGCAGGGCGUUCGGUAUAGCAAGGGGUGUUGAUGAAAGGUGGGGAGGGAAGAGUGCGCGCGCGCGCGCGUUGCAUGAUGGGACGAUGGACGAGAGGACGGUCGGGGAGGGCGAAAGAACGAGUCGAGUUCACAAAAUGGCGGCCAAGCUCAGGCCCGUGACCAUAUAGUACGUGAAAAUUCGAUAAUUUUGCACGAUGUCGCGACUCUAUACAUCAAUAGUCGUUUAACAUUGCAAAUACGUGUAUACGCGGUAGUUUAAGUAUUAAAUUAACGUGAAUUUGUGCGUGGUGCGUGUAAUAUCGAGAUAUCGGUGCGACGCGCAGACGGGACGAUGCAGAAAACAUUAGAGUCUGAGUCUGGUAAGGAAUCUGGAUCUGAUUCUGACAAUGAAAGUAAGAGCGAUAGCUCUUCUUCAGGGAGUAAUACAGGAUCUGGUUCAGGAUCAGAAAGUGACUCUAGCUCUUCAAGUGGUUCCGGGUCUGGAUCAGGUUCUGAUUCUAAUAAAUCAGAGAAGUCGGAUGCACCUGCACAAAGCGAUAGCUUCCAAAGCAAAAGUUCAAAUCACAGCACAGACACAAAAGUUAGGCUUAAAAAUGAGUCUAGUCGUGAAUGGGAUGAGAAUCCUGAUAUAUAUGGCAUCAGGAGAUCCGGGCGUUCUAGGAAAGAGCCAGAAAGGCUUGCAACUCAACGUGAAAGUGACAGUGAUAGUCGCAAGAUAUUUAAGAAAAAAAGUUCGCACAAUUCGUGGAACUCAGAUAGUUCAGAUUCUGAAUCUGAUGAUAUUGACAGCAGGAGGCCCCCGCCUAGCAAAUCGUUAAAUAGACGUGCAGCUCAAAAAGCAAAGGAAAAAGCAAGAGCGCGAAAAAAACGAAUUUCAGAAUCAUCUGAAAAUUCUUCCUUUGACAGUGAUGAUAAUAGACGGCAAGUUUCAAGAAGAACUGGCACAGCAGUUAGUUAUAAAGAAGAAAGUGAAGAGAGAACAGACAGUGAAGAUUUGGUGGAAGUUGAAGAAGGGAGUAAUACAAAUGCGGAACCUGAUAAUGCAGAAACGAUUGAACGAAUUUUGGGACAAAGACUGGGUAAAAAAGGAGUUACAGGAAAUGUUACAACAAUUUAUGCUGUUGAAGAAAAUGGCGAUCCUAAUCCAACGGAUUUGACUAAUGAAGAAACUGAAAUGCAGUACGCGAUAAAAUGGAAAGGAUGGUCUCAUAUACAUAAUACAUGGGAGUCAGAAGAAUCUUUAAAAGCACAAAAAGUAAAAGGACUGAAAAAAUUAGAUAAUUUUAUUAAGCGAGAACGGGAAAUUAAACAGUGGAGGGAUUAUGCUGGACCCGAGGAUAUAGAUUACUUUGAGUGUCAAUUAGAACUUCAACAAGACCUCCUCAAAAGCUAUAAUAAUGUUGAAAGAAUCAUUGCUGAAUAUAACAAGCCUGAUUCAGAUCAUCCAGAUUAUUAUUGUAAGUGGGAGAGUUUGCCAUAUGCUGAAGCCACAUGGGAAGAUGGAGCAUUGAUUGUCAAAAAAUGGCCAGAAAAAAUAAAAGAAUUUCGUGAUAGGGAAGAUUCAAAGAGAACGCCCAGUAAACAUUGCAAAGUCCUCAAAUCAAGACCCAAAUUUCAUCAAGUUAAGGGACAGCCUGAAUAUAUGGGCAGAGGACGAGAUUUGACCCUCAGAGACUAUCAAAUGGAUGGAUUAAAUUGGAUGAUACAUUCUUGGUGCAAAGAAAAUAGUGUUAUUUUAGCAGAUGAAAUGGGGCUUGGUAAAACAAUACAAACGAUAUGCUUCCUUUAUUACUUGUUCCAUACACAUCAGCUUCAUGGGCCAUUUCUAUUAGUCGUUCCUCUUUCAACAAUGACUUCCUGGCAAAGAGAAAUGUCACAGUGGGCACCAGACAUGAAUUUCGUCACCUAUUUGGGUGACGUUACUUCCCGUAAUGUUAUUAGAGAGUAUGAGUGGUGUUAUAGUUCAAAGAGAUUAAAGUUUAAUGCCAUACUCACGACUUAUGAAAUAGUACUUAAAGACAAAGCAUUUCUGGGUGCCUUAAAUUGGGCCGUGUUAUUAGUAGAUGAAGCGCAUCGAUUAAAGAACGACGAUUCUCUUUUGUACAAAGCACUUGCCGAAUUUCAUACAAAUCACCGCCUUCUAAUAACUGGUACACCAUUACAGAACAGCUUAAAAGAAUUAUGGGCCUUAUUACACUUUAUAAUGCCUGCUAAAUUUAAUUCAUGGGAAGAGUUUGAGAAAGAGCAUGAUAAUGCAGCUCAAAAGGGAUAUUCCAAAUUACAUAAGCAAUUAGAACCAUUUAUUUUACGUCGCGUUAAAAAGGAUGUAGAAAAGUCUUUACCUGCCAAAGUUGAACAAAUUUUACGCGUCGAGAUGACUUCUUUGCAAAAACAAUACUAUAAAUGGAUAUUAACUAAAAAUUAUAAUGCAUUACGGAAGGGCGUUAAAGGAUCUACUAUGACCUUCUUAAAUAUUGUUAUCGAAUUAAAGAAGUGCUGUAAUCACGCAUUUCUUACAAAACCUACCGAAAGUGAGAGAAAGGAGAGUAACGAGGAUUAUCUACAACAAAUAAUUCGCGGGUCUGGCAAAUUAGUUCUUCUUGAUAAAUUAUUGGUUAGGUUACGCGAAACAGGUCAUAGAGUAUUAAUAUUUAGUCAAAUGGUCAGAAUGUUGGAUAUCCUUGGUGAAUAUUUACAAAAGAGACACUUUCCAUUUCAAAGAUUAGAUGGAAGUAUAAAAGGAGAAUUACGAAAACAAGCAUUAGAUCACUUUAAUGCAGAUGGAUCGCCAGAUUUUUGUUUUCUAUUAUCAACAAGGGCAGGUGGUCUUGGUAUUAAUUUAGCUACUGCCGACACUGUCAUCAUUUUUGAUUCAGAUUGGAAUCCACAGAAUGAUUUACAAGCUCAAGCUAGAGCACAUCGUAUCGGUCAAAAAAAUCAGGUAAAUAUAUACCGAUUAGUGACUAAAAAUUCUGUGGAAGAGGAAAUAGUAGAAAGGGCGAAACAAAAAAUGGUUCUUGAUCACCUUGUUAUUCAACGGAUGGACACAACAGGCCGAACAGUAUUAGAUAAAAAAAAUGCGGGGACCAAUAAUAAUCCAUUCAACAAAGAAGAUCUAAAUGCUAUUUUAAAGUUUGGCGCUGAAGAUUUAUUUAAAGACGAAGAAGAUGGAGACGAGGAACCAACUUGCGAUAUCGAUGAAAUUCUAAGGAGAGCUGAAACGAGAGACGAAGGGCCUGCAACCGUAGGAGAUGAAUUGUUAUCUGCAUUCAAAGUAGCUAGUUUUGCUGCAUUCGAGGAAGAAGCUGAACCAGUCAAUCAGCCGAAUGACAAUGAUGACGAAAGUAAAGAUUGGGCGGAAAUUAUCCCAGAAAAUUUCAGAAAAAAAGUUGAAGAAGAAGAAAAAUCGAAAGAAAUGGAAGAUCUGUACUUACCACCGAGAAGUCGGAAAACUCUCCAGCAAAUUAAUCAAGGUGAAGGAAGGGGUAGAAAAAGAAAAAAGGCAUCCGCAGACGAUAGCGAAGAUGUUGAAGAUUCUGGAAGCGAAGCUGAAGGUAGUGAUGACGAACGUCCUAAAAAAAGAGGUCGACCAAGAGUCACACCCCGAGAAAAUAUCAAAAGUUUUACUGAUGCAGAAAUACGAAGAUUUGUUAAGAGUUAUAAGAAAUUCCCUGCACCCUUAAAACGAUUGGACGAUAUUGCUGCGGACGCUGAAUUACAAGAAAAGCCAAUGUCUGAAUUACGUUUCUUAGGAGAUCAGUUAAAAAGUAGAUGCGAAGCUUGUCUGUCAGAAUUCGAAAGUAUCGCUAAGGAAAAUAAAGGGGAAGAAGAGGGUAAAGGUCCCGGGCGUAAAAGGGGUCGAGGCCCCACAUUUAAAAUUGGCGGUGUUAUGGUUAAUGCUAAAUCUUUCUCAGCAGCGGUAAAAGAACUCGAACCUUUAGAACAAGCUUUGCCAUCAGACGCUGAACAACGAUCUAAUUGGCAUAUCGACAUUAAAUUAAAGCCUGCGAACUUUGAUUGUGAGUGGAACUCUGAAGAUGACUCUAGACUUUUGAAAGGUAUAUAUACGCAUGGUAUGGGUUCAUGGGAAGCGAUAAAAAUGGAUAACACUUUAAAACUUGGUGAUAAAAUUCUUCAAAAUGGGAGUAAAGUUCAUUUAAAAAAAAUUCACGCCCGAGCCGAAUACCUCUUGAAAGUACUCAAGAAACAAAUUGAUACCAAACUAGGAGUGACUAAAACACGGAAACCAAGAAAACCAAAGGAAGUAAAAACAGCAAUUACGAAAGAAAUUAUAGAGGAAAACGACAGUUCAGGGGACGAAAAUAGUAAAUCCAAACCAAAGGUUGAAAAGCCACUUGUAAAGAAGGAAGAAGAAGUGGUUGUAAAGAAGGAAACUAAAGAAGAAGUCGAAGAUGUACCUGAAGAGAAAAAAAAGGAAAAGAAGACUAAGAAGGAAAAGAAAGAAAAUAAAAAGGCUAAAAAGACUAAGCAAGCCGCUGGUCCUAUGCAUUUUACUGCCAAUAACGAACCAAGAGCUUUGGAUGUUCUUGGAGAUUUAGAUCCUUCUAUAUUUAACGAGUGUAAAGAAAAAAUGAGACCAGUAAAGAAAGCACUCAAAGCUUUGGACAGGCCUGACCAGUCUUUAAGCGAGGCGGAACAAGUUGCUAAUACAAGGCAAUGUCUCGUUCAAAUUGGAAAUCAAAUUAAUACUUGUCUCGAAGAAUACAGAGAUCCCGAACAAAUUAAGGAAUGGAGAAGCAAUUUAUGGUAUUUUGUGUCCAAGUUUACAGAGUUUGACGCAAAGAAACUUUACAAGUUAUACAAACAUGCAACAAAAAAGGGAGGUGAAAGUAAUACAAGUGCCGCGUCGAGUCCAGAAAAGAAGGAGGAGCCAAGUAACCUCAAGAAACAUACGGAGAAAUCUUACGAGAAACAUAUCGAUAAACAGCAAAUAGAGACCAGUAAAGACAGAAUACAGAAACGUAGAGUCGAAGAUAUAGAAGAAAAUUCUAAUGGUAGCACGCCAAGCAAGAAACAUUUCUCAGCUCUGUCUGCUGUAAGCAAUAUCAGCAAUACAUCUGCGGUUACUAUUGGUGCUAUCACUAUUACUCCUAUCACAUCAACUCCAAAUUCUACGUCAAGUACCACCAAUAGCACGGAUACACCGCGGCACAAAGAAAAAGAAUCAAAACACAAAGAUGUAAAACGGGACAGGGAACGUGAUAGGGACAGAGAUAGACAGCAUAGUGAUAGAAGUAUGGAGAGAAUGAGUGGAGGAAAAGAUGAGAGGAUCAGAAGAGACAGUGGUGGUUACAGUAUAAGCGGACAUUACAGUGGUAGCAGAGAAGAUGAUCAUUGGUUACCCCGUGAUGGAAGGGACAUGAGGGACGGAAGAUUCGGAGACCAUAAGCGUGAUCGUUUCGAUUAUGCAAGGAUGUCCAGCGGAUAUCACCGGGAUAGAGACAGAGAGCGUGAACGCAAUAUGCACAUGAAUGACAAAAGAAGGUAUCAUCCAUCGAGUUAUGGAUAUGGUCCAGGAGGUUAUGGGAGCGGAGGUGGUGGUGGUUAUCCGCCAUCUGAUAUUGCGCCAAGUCAUUUUAGGGGCCGUGGUUAUCCUGGUGAUGGCUAUCCUGGAGAUGGGUAUCCCGGGGAUGGUUAUCCCAGUGAUUGGCGGCCAAACAAAGACUACAGACGAGAUUAUGAUCGAAGACCUCCUCCACCAAAUGCUAAUUCCUAGUGCUCCUUCCUCGUUACCGUUCUCGAAUGUGUCGUUGAGCGGUUGUAAUUCUGAUGGAGCCUUCCGUUGUUUUACCUGACUGAGCACUGUACAUUAUGCUCGCUUAAAUGUGGUUACAUGCUAAUUUCUUUACACAGUUUAUCCUGUGAUAGUACCACACGCGACUUGUACCUAUGUAUAAAAUCUAUUCCAAUGCUUACUUAAUAUGCGAUGAAUUCUACCAUGAUUGAAUUGUCUUUUUAAGACUUUUGAGGAGAGGUUGUGCAAAGAUAAAAAAAUUGAUACAUAUUCUUAGUACAUAAUUAAUACUUUUUUUUAUAUAUAUAUCAGAUUUCUUGCAAAAACGGUGAUAUUGAAUUUUUAAGUUUGUAUUCAUUAAUAUAUUUAUCACGCAUGAGAAAUUAUGUUCAUGUAUUCAAAACAGUUUUAUUAGAGUGCAAUUAUAGCAAGAUUUGUCUGAUAACGAAGUAAAAUCAAAUCAAUGUGGUUUUAGUGUAUAAUAUUACGUACAAUGUUGAAACAUAAUUUAAACUGGUACGCCUUCCUGAAACACAUAUAAUAUAUUUUGCAUUUUCGAUACUGAACAAGUACGUUUAAUAGAUGUUUAGCUUGUAUACAGUUAUUCACUAUUUCAAACUAUGCUACGUUUCAACAUAUAUCUUCAAACUUUUACAAUUGAUUUCUAGUGUAAUAAUUUCACUUACCAUUGAUCUACCGAUCUAAUUGCACUACAAUAGACAUUAAAUCAUCAGCGUCUUACUUAAUACAAUGAUGUCUGUAAAAUUGUACAAAUUAGUGAACAUAUAAAUUUUCUAUAAACUGAAACUCCACAGAAAUCUUGCAUCAAAAGGAAUAUGUAGUAUAAUACAACAACUCUUCGUAUUAGUGUACAAUGUAGGUGGUCUACACUGUCUCAAUACGCAUGUAUUUAUUAUAAAAUUAAGAACAAGACGACAUAUGAUAUUUGACAACAGAUGAUCACGUUCUCGAAAGAGCAAGAAUAACUUUCUUCUCUUUUAUAUAGAAUUUAUACUUUCGCAAUUGAAAAUUAGAUAAGAAUUCUAUUUUUGCGUUCAUUCUUUUAAAGUACCAUAGUUUUGUAUCCUAUCUGAAGCGAUGUGAGAUAUUGUAAAUAUUAGUAUAAGGCGAUAGUUAUAUUCGAUGUAUAUUUAACUAUGGAGUUACUGAGAUAGUAUUCCGAUCUUUUUUUUGUAGAAAGAAUAAACGAAAGACUAGAUCCCUCAGUUUUGCUUCGGUUAAGAAUUAUUGAAUAUAACUACAAUAUCGUAAGUAGAAUGAGGAAAUGAGUUUUUAAUUAUCCAAUGAUCAAUAUCUCUAGAACGGUAUUCAAAUGGUUCUCAAUUAAAUCUUAAAUUAUUAUAAGGAUUUGUAAAGUGGAUACGUUUUUGCGAGAACUUUGUAUUCUGUCGUUUAUCUAUUAGGACGCUACAAACAAUAUCGAUUGCGCUAUAUUUCCGUAACGAACAUUUGGGAAUUUUAUAUCCGUGAAAAAAUGAAAGUCAUAAGCUUUUUGUAAUUUACGCAUUAAUUUUUUUGAACCUAAAAAAUCACAAAAGCACUAGAAUAUUUUCUUAAUAGCGUUUAUUUCCUAUUAUUCGAAUUUAUUCUUUGUCAAACAACAUGCCUUUAGCGAGGCUCUAAUACAAAAAAAAAAGAAUUUGUAGAAUAUUUUAUCCAUACAAACUAAAUCAAUCAAUGGUUAAAGUUUUAGCGUGCAUUUUUGUAAAUAAUAAUAUACACAGGUGAUGAUAUCUGGCCAGAACAAAGUGGAAUUGUACGGACUACAUUAACGAUACUUUGUGUCUUAACGUACGAAUAAAAGUACAUACAUUGAAACUACACCAUAAUAGAAAUCUGCUAGCUUAGGUUUUUAAUUGCAAAGUGAUAUUCUAAACAGUGAGCUAUUUAUAAUUUAUUACUAGCCGAAUACAGACCGUGAGUAAUAAAGCAAAGUAUGUUGUAAAUAUAAAAUAA